GAUCACUGCCCUGCUGCAAAACAGUAUUCGGCCUCUUAGCAUACAACUCGCCCAACUACGCCAUACUUUGGGGACUUACAACCUAGCCGAGCCCUCAAACCUUGCGGAUCAAUCACGCAAAUCAAGAAACGGUCACCCCAUAAGCAGCGCAGUCAGGGAAAGCCGUCGCCAUGAAGUUGGACACAAAGGCCAUGCGCCACCUCGCGCCAGAGGACUGGCGGGUUCUUACGGCAGUGGAAAUGGGAUCCAAAAACCACGAGAUCGUCCCGACAGCCAUGAUCGAUAAGAUCGCCCGCCUGCGCGGCGGCAGCAGCGGCGUGCACAAAUCCAUAUCGAACCUCGCCAAGACGGGGCUCAUAGGCCGGGUAAAGGAAGCAAAGUACGACGGGUACCGGCUGACAUACGGCGGACUCGACUACCUCGCAUUGCACGCCUACUCGUCGAAGAAGCAGAUCUACAGCGUGGGAAGCCGGGUGGGUGUGGGCAAGGAGAGCGAUAUCAUGAUGGUGGCGGACGACAAGGGGCAGCAGAAGAUACUGAAGAUACACAGGCUGGGUCGGAUAUCAUUCCGCACCGUCAAGACGAACCGGGACUACCUAAAGAAGCGGCAGGGCGGCUCGUGGAUGUAUCUGUCGAGGUUGUCGGCCAUGAAGGAGUUCGCGUUCAUGCAGGCCCUAAGGGAGGAGGGCUUUCCUGUCCCGGAGCCCAUUGCGCAGUCGAGGCAUACCAUCCUCAUGUCAUUCAUCGACGACUCUUACCCAUUGCGGCAGAUCUCAGCCGUCCCCGACCCUGCAGGCUUAUAUGCGGAACUGAUUGCCAUGAUUCUCCGACUGGCAAAACACGGACUGAUACAUGGCGAUUUCAACGAGUUCAAUAUUCUGAUCAAGGAGGAAAAGGUAGACAGCGACGAUGGCCAGGAAGACUCUGCGGAUGCGGCCGUCACAUUAACUCCCAUCCUCAUCGAUUUCCCGCAGAUGAUCUCGAUGGACCACCAGAAUGCCGAGAUGUACUUUGACCGUGAUGUCAACUGCCUAAAGCGUUUCUUCGAGAGGAGGUUUCAUUUCACCAGCACCGAACCUGGACCCUUUUACAAGGAUGCGAAGAAGACAGUUGGACAAGAUGGCGCCAGGAAAAUCGACGUCGCGGUGGAGGCCUCGGGUUUCACGAAGAAGAUGUCCAAGGAUCUCGAGGCCGCCAUAAGAGAGCAGGCAAGCUCAAGAGACGAGAAUGCUGAUGACCUGUCGGGAGACGAAGACUAUGUAGAUUCGGAAGAUGAAGCCGAGACGAGUGCCGAGGAGGACGAGCGUGAAAAUGAAGCCGACCAUCAGUCCGAACUUCAGGACGCCGCCGUAGAUGGGAAGCUCGAUGGAAUGGAAAAGCUGGGGAUCAAAGAUACUUCUUGAGGACAGAAGCAUCAUCAAACAAAAACAAAUAAAAAUAGUCGAGCUCUA